CGGGCGGGCACCGCGGCCAGAGCAGGGAGGGAAGGGACGCGCAGGCUCAGUGGAGGCAGCCGGGCUCCUCCGGGUCAGGGUGCAAACAGGCGCCUGUGCCACGAGCGAGCGCAGCGCAAUGGUUCAGGGGUGCUUAAUUUCCGCCGAGGCAUCCUGCCCGCCACCUCCCAGUUCGUAACCCAGGGGUGCGGGCUUCGGUUCGUUUCUAGAGCUGGGUGGGCACUCCGUGUUGUACUCGGAGACACACCCAAAGAAAGAGCCCCUGCUGCUGUGCUGGAUCAGACUGAAAGAGGUGGUCCAUGAAGGGUCCAGCUCUCUGUUUUGCGCACUGGCCAGCCAGGCGCCCCUGGAAGCCCACAAGCUGGGCCUGAAGGCAAUAGUCCCUCCUCCCUGUCCUCCCUUUUCAACUCUUUUUCGGAGGUAUACUGCCUCUGGACGUGGAGGUUCCACAUAGCCGCCGUGACUGUGCUGCAGUGAUGCAGCAGGCCUCUCUUCCACGAGUAUAUUUCAUUCCUUUUUAAAGCCAUCUAGGCCAGUAGCUUUGUUCACCGCCUAGAGAUGUACAUAACAGGCAGAAUGAAAGUUAAAUAAAUAAUGAUCACCGUUUUCCAAGGCAGCAAAUGCCAUGAAUUAAUUACUUGUGCUAAGAAGUACACACUCUUAUUUAUGAUUAGUUUCACAUUUUAAGAUUGUACUUGGCACAAAAAAAACAGGUCCUGGAUCUCUAAAGGUAAAGUUGUGCCAUCUGGUGGCCACAGAGCCCUGUGGUUGUCUUUGGUAGAAUACAGGAGGGGUUGCUUCCUCAUAUGAGAUGAUGCCUUUCAGCAGCUUCCUAAAUAGCUGCCCGAUAUAGUACCAACAGAGAUUCAAACCAGCAACCUUCUGCUUGUUAGUCAAGCAUUUCCCUGCUGAGCCGCUUAAGGUGACAACAGUCACCAGUGCUACGUUAAAUAAGUGGAAGCCCUUUAUGCAGGAGAGCAUCAGCACAGGAAUGGCAAUAGCUGGCCUGAUUUUACUUGGGAAAAGCAUUAAAUUGACAACCAAAUUCAGCCAUGCUUUGGAUAUUCCAGUAGAGUUUAUAGAGAAGAAUGUUAAGCUACGGGGGCGAUUACACCGGAUAACUGAGCGAGGAUUAGAAAUUGAACAUGUCCCCAUUAUCCUUCCAAUCAUUUCAUCCUUACAGAAGAGAUGGCAUUCAGAUGGUUUGUUGCUGAUCAGGCUUGCUGGUGUGGAGCUGACACCAGAUGGCACAAUCUGGUUGAAAGAAAAGAUGCAACCUUCACAAAUGAUGUGGUUCCAACUUCUGGGAAGGAAGGAAUCAGCACUUGAUUGCCUUGUGGUAAUAAAUAAGGGUAGAUUUUCCAGUGUCUGCCUGAAUGAAGAGAUCCUGAGACAAGGCCUUGGCAAGACUGUUCGUGUUGAGGGACUGGCUCAUGAAUCGCACAUAUACUGGAAGCUUCACAAGAGGCUACUUCAAGCUGAACUGAAAGCUGUGAAGAAAAAUAAAGGGAUCUGGAAGGAAGAAACGUAUAUUGAGAAAUUUAAGGGCCUUAUGAGCAAUAAUAAAUAUGUGAAGAAGUUAAAACAGUUUGCCACCUGGCUAAGAAUACGCUUCUGAAAGCAGAAGGUUUUGUUGGGGUGGCAGAGAGAGAACCACCACUAGAUGGACAUGGCUGCUACUUCUUGUUUUCCUUCCAUCGCAGUGAUAUUAUGAUGUGGCCUUCUGUUGGUGGCCUCCUGCCUUAAGGGAAGAAAAUGAAAAUAUCCAGAAUUUUUUCUGAAGAUAGUUGCAUAUAUCACAUUUAUAUAGUAGAAUAAAUGGAAUACAAGCUUUUACAAAUGUUUUAGACAUAAUCUAUAAUGGAACAGUGGCAUACAAAUAAAACAGUGAAUGAGUGAAAAUGUUCCUCUGCUCAGUGAGCCGUAGCAUUUCUUCUCCUGCUGGGCAGUGAUGCAGCUCAGCUUUGUGCUUUUCCUCAGAGCUGGGCUCUGUAAUUGCUCAUCAGGAGAAGAAAUGUUAAGGCUCACUGAGCAGAGGAAAAUUCACUCAUUCAUUGUUUUAGUUGUAUGCUGCUGUUCCAUUAUAGAUUAUGUCGAAAGGGUCUUACAGGAGAUAGAAAUACUGAUCAUGGGACACCCAGAUUAGAUAGCAGAGAGAGUGGAACACCUUCUUCCCUACAAGGCUGUGAGUGAAAUUUAGGCCCAAUUCAUAUGACUCAGCUUGUGGCAGCCACAUUUUUUAGUCAGGUAGUGCUGACUUUUGACUUCAUCAGCCAAUGGCAUGAUGGUAAUGUACAUGCUGUCACCAUAUGCUGAGCACAGCUUGGAUUGGUAAAAUAAUUUCAGGUUUAAGUUCAGUGCAUGGCAGUAGCAUACACAAAGUUGUCUGCUGAUGCUCCUUGAAAUGGGCACUGCUUGGCUGAAAUCCAUGGCUACCAUCCAUGUGUCGUGAGAUUUAGCCCAUAGACAUUAUGGAAUCUGUAGUCUCUGUCUUAAGGUUAUCAAAAGUGUUUAUCCAUUGUACCACAGAAAAGCUAUAAGCACCAAAGCAUAGCAGUUGCAGUUCUUACUUUAUCUUGAAUAUUCCCAUUUGUGUUUCUGGGAUUAUAGAAGUGGUGAUGACCGAUCUAUGUACAUACUCACACAAUUCCUGUGUACUAGCCGACCCCGCACAGCAUCUGUGCGCUCUUUGGGGCCGGCAGUUGCCUCUCCCCCCCCUUCUGCCCCAGUCUCUGCUUCCGGGCCCAGCCACUUCUCUUCCCCAUUGCCACUUCUGCCCCCCCUUUCUUUCCCCCCUCCUGGGCCUUGCCUCCGCAGCCAGGCUUGGUCUGCCACCUCUGGCCUUCACGGCCGGGCCGCUGCAGUGGCAACCAAUCCUCCUGGGUGUGCCUCAGCCAAUCAGGCGCGUCCACCGCCCAGCCAAUCAGCUGGGCUCUGGGAUGCACAUUCCAAGGCACACCCAGGAGAAUUAAUAUAAUAGAUUCUGAGGCUUGCUUCUAAUGUAACUGAGUGGGCACUGCAUCAUCUUGAGAUGUCAUGACUGAAACCCAUAUGAGAAAAUUGCUUUACACACAAAUUGCUUCCAGUGUUAUCCAGCACACAUGUAGAUACAUUAGAAGUAGCCACCUAUGUAGCUGCUGCUUGUGUGAAUUGGUCCUUGAGUUCUUGUGGGGGCUAAAUAGGUUUAAAAUCAAAUGCAUCUGCUUAAGCGUUCUAAGGUUGUAUUCCCACUCAAAUUAAGGACUUGCCUUCCAAAUAAUGUGUAUUGUACUGGAGUACAAGUUGCUGUACACCUUCAUGGUGUACUCCUGCCAGAAUUAAUUGACUUGAUCAUAAGAUCUGAGCACAAGUAUUUAUAUAUUUACUUUGGCAAAACAUAGUGUGUGCCUGUUUGUUCUGAAUCAUUUAUUUAUAUGCUUAACUUGAAUUUUGAACCCAAAUAAUAAGGCUACAAUUUCAAUAAUCUUGUCUAAAAAUCUCAAAAGCAGUUAUGGUCUACAUGGCAGAUUAAAUAUUCACUGUUUACAUCAAAAGCAACUAAUUCCAGUAAUUCUGUUGCUGUUCUGCGUCUUUGCAAAAAUCAGUCCUUUACAAAGGAAGAUAAAGUAUACAUUGCUUAGAAACAUAUUAACAUAUUUAAUCACUAGUUCUUCAGUAAUUUGUAAAGUAGUUCACCCAUUUCUUGUGGCUCAGCCUGUGACAUUAUCAGAGUAAAAGCAUACAGCAUGGAGCUCCUGUUGCGGCUAUGACAGAUGGAGUUCUGUGUUUACCCCAAGUGUGGGAUUGGAUGUCAGCAAUGAGAGAGCCCUAUUUGUGAGCCAGCAUCUGAGGCCAUAGCUUCUGUCUUGUCAAGGGAAUAAACCAAAAACUAGUGCUUUGUGUUAUCAAAUUCUGUAAUUAUUGUUUAUAACUCAUAAUAAUUAGUAUGUGACCUGGAUACAUCGACAAAACAGAGAAGGGUGAGGCAUCGAGCUGGAUCUUUUGUGAGCUAGAAGGUAUUGAAGUGGCAAAAAAAAUGUCUGGGUGAAGGGACUUGUUCUAGCACAGUAAGUCAUAAUGUGCUCCUUGACUAGCCUUUGGCUCUGCCAUAAUGCCUUUUAGCAGACCAAAAAAAUGUAACACAGUUCAUCUCUCAUCUGCUCCAUCUCUUCAUAAGAAAAGUUGGAGCAGAGGCUGCUUGUGCAAUAUCAAUGCAGAUGGCUACGUAUUGUGUGGAAUGAGUUUAUGUGCCUAUGUAAUAUCUAAGCAUCCUCUUUCUCCGUUGGGCCAUUGUAAAGGAGAGGUCCCCAUGACUUGAAUAAACGACUGCUAUGCAGAGAGGGGCAGGACAGCGAACUCUCAUACCCAUUCUGGGGAGGGGAACACAUGUGGUGCUCCUCUACCAAACCACUGGCCAGUGGAUCAGUGGGGUUGGCGGGGCUAGUCUAGCACCCCUUCCCACAGUUUCUCACCCACGCCCCAGGGUGAGCAGCAUCGGUUCUGAUUAGGCUAUUCAAGCAUAGAAUUUCUGGAUCGGGACCAGGGUAUAUUGUGUUUAUUAUUUAUGUCAGAAAUAACUCCAUGUCUGUUCCAUUUUCUCUUUUUUUCCUGUUAAAAUAAAGUCAUGUUUUAUAAUCA